GCUACCUUCUGGUUCAUGGAUAUUGAUCUCUUGUGGAUCUUGGGGGGUGGUGUUGUUCUCUCAAAUUGCAUGGCUGAACCUAAAUCUUCAUCUUCACAGAAAUUCUCUUCAAACUUGCUUCAAUUCUUCGCCGUCCUCUUCCUUCUGCUUCUUCUCAUCAACUUAUCUCAUAACCAACUAAAUCCUUCUUCUUCAUCACCACCUUCCAUGGCUUCCUCUGAAUCAUCAUCACCUUCAUCAGAGUUUACCACAAAUGUAAACCCUCAAAAAACCCAUAAUUCACAUACUACUCCGUGCAAGGAUGCUUCUGCGAGAGGUAAAGAAUUCGGAGCCGACGCUCAUGAAGUUCCUAGUGGUCCAAACCCCAUCUCAAAUCGGUAAGUCCGAAAGCUAUAUGAUCGUACAUAUAUAUAGCAACCUAGCUAGCUAUGUAGAUAGCUAGCUUAGCUUGCUAUGUUGAAGAUGAAAUGGAGAUUUAACGGCGACGUCGUAUUGUAAUUGUCAUCGAUCUUUAGUAGCUCUUGCUAUCCAGUUCGAUGGCCAUGAAUACUUAUUUAUGUUAGAGGCUUGUUAUGGUCUAGUUGUUAUCAUCCUCAUCAUAAUUAACUAGCUAGCUAGACUUUUGCUUUAUCAUUUUUUCUUUUCUUUUCUUACUUUUGGGCUGGAAAUGUAUAGCGAGAGACACUCUAUAAUUUUUCUGUAUGUCUGUAUGUACCCUCCUAUUUUUAUUUCAUAUAUAAUAGACUGCGAUGAUAUAUA